UUUGUCAAACUGACAACAAUUUUUGUUUACAUUUUUCGUGCAAAAUUUAUUUUUACCGUGAAAUUUUAUUUACAUUUGACAAAAUAAUAAAUUGCAAUUAUUAAACUCUGUACAAAAUAAAUUUGUAGAAUGAAAUGAGUCCUUCAAAGACUACGGGUGCAACAAAAUCUCAAAAAUGUCGCUGCUGUACAAAUCCAUCUUCCAAGUUCCUUGAACUAGACUCGGCCAGUAGUAAAAACUUUGCAACAGAUAAAACCUACAAGGAUGUUUUAUAUGAAAUAACCAACAUCAAAGUCUCCAAUCAUCACGAGAAAUCUCUAACACAAAAAGUGUGCCAAAAGUGUUCUACACAAUUAAAUAAUUGCUAUAAAUUUAUUUUACAAGCUAGAGACGUUUAUGAGCAAUAUUUACUAACACUUGAUGAGAUAGGUGUGGAAGAGGAGGUUAAGGAUUUUGAAAAUAUACCCGAGCCGCUUAUAGAGGUACCCAUAGAUCUUAACACUGUUGAGAAAAGUCCUCUUGGAACAAAAGAAAGUCCUCUAGCCACAGCAGAAAGUCCUCUGUCAGCUGAUGAAAUUAAAACAGAACCUCUGACAGUAGAAUGCUUGCCCAAAGCAAGAGAGUUAAUGAAUGUCGACAAUUUACCAAGUGACAAUGAUAUUAAAGAAGAAAAACCGGAAUAUGUAGAUUAUAAUAGCGCCAGUUCUGCUAACACAGAAAAGAAAGGUGUAACAACCGAUUUAACCAUAGAGCUAUUGCCUGAAGAUCCUACAACAGAUCCCACAUAUGAAGAAGAAAGAGAGCACUUCGAUAGUUUCAACACCGAUUCCGAAGAUGAUGAGGACGCUGAAGAUCCGAUUUCAGAGGAUGAUUUUGAUAAAGAUCUAUCUAAAGCACCUAUAGCCAUAUCUUGUGAUAUUUGUCAUAAGAUUUAUAAAGAUAGAGUAGCUUUAAGGACACAUAAACACUAUACGCACAUGCCAGAUGAAAAGAAACGACCAUGUCCAUUGUGUAAUUUUAAAUCUAGUCGCUUAUCCAAUUUAAAGGUGCACAUAGGUGUCGUUCAUGGCGCCGAUAAGGUUAAAGAGAUUUUCAAGCCUGCAGAUGAUAAUGGUGUACAAUUCCCUUGCUCCAUAUGUCAGCAAACAUUUAGGCGCAAAGACACUCUACAGAAACACAUCAAACGUAUACAUCAGAAUCCUCAACCCAAAGAGCCGCGCAUUAAAGCCAAAGUCACCAAGGAAAAAGAACGUUUUCUUUGCACUUAUUGUGGUGGCUCAUUCCGUACGAAAUAUGGCCUUAGUCGUCAUGUGGUAAUCCAUACUGGCGAACGACCAUUUCCAUGUGAAAUUUGUCAGAAAACCUUUAAACGUCCUGAGGAUUUACACAUGCAUCGUAUAAUACACAGCGAUGCAAAGCCCCAUCAAUGCCUACAAUGUGGCAAGGCAUUUAAACGUUCCGAUAAGCUGAAAAUUCACAUGAGAGUUCACUCGGAAUUAAGACCGUAUAAGUGUAAUGAAUGCGAGAAAACAUUUAAAUAUCCCAACGUUUUAAGUACACACAUGCUAAUACACACGGGUCAAAAUCCAUUUCAGUGUAAAACUUGUGGCGAAUCAUUUUCCUUACGGUCAUCAUUUAAUACUCAUUGUUUAAGAAAUGGACAUCUGUAAUACGUUUAAGCUGGUUAAAUAAAUAUAAGAUUAAUUUGUAAAAUACUAUAUUUAAGAAUGAAAAAAAAUUAAAUAAAAUAAGUAUUCACAAUUA